GGCGGGACUUCCGGUGUGCGGCUCAGUCUAAGCGCUGCUGCUAGAAGCGAGGUUUGCGGAGGCCGGGCGCCAGCUUUGCGAUCAGGCGGGCAGACGUCAUGGAUAUAGAUGCUGAAAGAGUCAGAAUAUCGCAGGAGAUCAGGGAGUUGGAAAGGAUUCUGGAUCCCGGCUCCUCGAGUAUCAACGUGGACAUCUCAGAGUCAAGUCUCGACUCGGAUUCUGAUGCAGAUUCGCUGCCCGACGAGGACUCGGAUGCUGCUGGCCCACUGCCCUUGGAAGGAGAAAGGUGGGGGGAGGCCAGCAAUGAUGAGGAUGACCCCAGGGAGAAGGCACUCCCUGAAGACCCAGAGACCUGCCUGCAGCUGAACAUGGUCUACCAGGAGGUCAUCCGGGAGAAGCUGGCGGAGGUCAGCCUGCUGCUGGCCCAGAACCGGGAGCAGCAGGAGGAAGUCAUGUGGGAACUGGUGGGGUGCAAGGGCUCCAGGGUGAAGGACAGCAAGACCCUGCCCUCAAGUCUGUAUAUGGGGCACUUCAUGAAGCCCUACUUCAAGGACAAGGUCACCGGAGUGGGGCCUCCUGCCAACGAAGACACGCGGGAGAGGGCCGCCCAGGGCAUCAAGGCUUUCGAGGAGCUCCUGGUGACCAAGUGGAAGACCUGGGAAAAGGCCCUGCUCAGAAAGUCGGUGGUGAGCGACCGCCUGCAGCGUCUGCUCCAGCCCAAGUUACUCAAGCUCGAGUAUUUGCAGCAGAAACAGAGCAGCAGCACGAGCGAGGCGGAGAGGCAGAUCCUGGAGAAGCAGGCCAGGGAGGCUGAGAAGGAGGUGCGGGACAUCAAUCAGCUGCCCGAGGAGUCCCUGCUGGGGAACAGGCUGGACGACCACGACUGGGAGAAGAUCUCCAACGUCAACUUCGAGGGCAGCCGCAGCGCACAGGAGAUUCGCAGCUUCUGGCAGAACCUCGAGCACCCGGCCAUCAACAAGCAGGAGUGGAGCGCGCGCGAACUGGGCCAGCUGCAGGCCAUCGCGGCCGCGCACGGCCACCUGCACUGGCAGAAGAUCGCCGACGAGCUGGGGACCUGCCGCAGUGCCUUCCAGUGCCUGCAGAAGUACCAGCAGCACAGCCCGGCCCUGAAGCGCAGGGAGUGGACGGAGGAGGAGGACCGCGUGCUCACCCAGCUUGUGCAGGAGAUGCGCGUCGGCAGCCACAUCCCCUACCGGAGGAUCGUCUACUACAUGGAGGGGAGGGACUCCAUGCAGCUCAUCUACCGCUGGACCAAGAGCCUGGACCCCAGCCUGAAGAAGGGUCUCUGGGCCCCAGAGGAAGACGCGAAGCUGCUUCGGGCAGUUGCCAAGUACGGGGAGCAGGGUUGGUUUAAAAUCCGGGAAGAGGUGCCAGGUAGGAGUGAUGCCCAGUGCCGAGAUCGGUAUCUCAGAAGGUUACAUUUUGGCUUGAAAAAGGGACGAUGGAAUUCCAAAGAAGAGGAAAAGUUAAUUGAAUUAAUAGAAAAAUAUGGUGUCGGUCACUGGGCAAGAAUAGCCUCUGAGCUACCCCAUCGGACGGGCUCCCAGUGCCUGAGCAAGUGGAAAAUGCUGGUCAGGAAGCAGCAGCGGCGCAGGCGGGGGCGGCGGCCCCCUCGCAAGGCGCGGUGGAGCUCCAGCAGCGGGGACAGCAGCACCGCCAGCAGUGGGGACAGCGGGGACUCAGAGCCAGAGGCAGCGCUGGGGGCCCUGACGGGUGGCCAGGAGCUGCUGCCAACACAGCAUGUGGUGCCUGACGUGGACCUGUGGGUUCCUGCCCGGCAGAGCGCCAGGGAGCUGUGGGGAGGGGGGCCCGGGAGCUGGCCAGGACCCUGUGGUGCUUGCCCCCGCCCUCCUGAGGGCUCCGACCCGGCCCAGGGUGGCCGCUGGGAAGCUUGCACCACGGCCUCAGCCCCAGCAGAGCCGGCAGGCCAGGCGCGGGCCGCCUCCGGGACCCAGAGCACCAGCCUGAGAGGCGUCCGAUGCCCGUGCUCGACGGACGCUCGCCCCUCGAGCUCCACGGGGCCUGCGCGCCAGAAGGAGCUGAGGCAGCCGCACCUGCGCAGCGCCGCCCCGGGGCCCACCCCUGGUGGCGGUGGUGGCAGUGGCAGGGCCAGGCCCUGCGUGCGGCCGCUGUGGCACAGGACCGGGCAGCGGCGCCAGGGACACGCCCUGCAGAGGAGGCUCCUUGAGCACCAGCUUCUGACGGCCGUGAGCCCAUGGGUGGGCAAGGUCAUCCUGCCACGCAGUCCCCGGAGGCCCGCCGUGGCGCACAGUCGAGCUGACGGCAUCAGGAGGCAGCUGCAGGGCGCCCACCUGGCCAGCACCCCGGUGUUCACCCUCUUCAUUCAGUUGUUCCAGAUCGACACAGCUGGCUGCAUGGAGGUCGUUCGGGAGAGGAAGGCCCGGCCGCCCGCCCUGCUCCGGGCUGGUGCCCGGGACUCGCCACUCCUGCAGGUACCCUCGAGUGCCCAGAACACCCCAGGCUGCCUCCUCCAGAGUGUGCCGGCCCGAGGAGCUGUGAAGAAGAGCACCUGCCCCAUGGGGAGUGGAGGGCCGCAGGCCUGCCACGCGGAGUCCACGCCGCAGGCACCCCCGCCGGCUCCGUCCGGACCCCGGCCCAAGCCCAAAACUGUGUCUGAGCUGCUUCGGGAGAAGCGGCUGCGGGAGGCCCGAGCCAGGAAGGCUGCCCAGGGCCGCGCGGUCCUCCUGCCCCAGCUGCUGGUCUCCUCUCCUGUGGUCUUCCAGCCGCUGGCCCCCCAAGGCCCCCCAGUCUCCGGUGCCGUGCUGUCUGGGCCUGGGGGCCCCGUGGCGGCCGCUUCGAGUGUGUUAGGCUGUUGGGGCUCCGCCGCGGAGGAGAGACCCCUGACACUGCAAGCCCUGGCCCUCGCUCCGGCCUCCACAGGAGCCUCGAAGGCCCCGGCUGCCCCUGCUGCCUCCAGGGUCCCAGGUCUGGGCCCCGGCCAGGUCCCUGUGAGCUGCCGGCCAAGCAGUCUCGGACAGUCUCAGGCCCCGGCCACGUCCCGGAAGCAGGGCGUGCCCGAGGCACCACCCUUUCUGACUGCAGCGCCCAGCCCGGUUCGGCUGCCUGUCCAGCCCCUCAGCCUGACGCCAGCUUUGGGCACACACACGGCAGCCAGCACCCCUCUGCCUGUCACCUGGGUGCUCACAGCCCAGGGGCUGCUCUCUGUGCCUGUGCAGGCGAUGGUGGGCCUUCCGAGGCCAGCAGGGACUCCUGAGCCUCCAGGGCUAUCGGUGACUCUGCUGCCCUCCCCAGCUGCGACUCAGGCAGGCCAGGGCCCCAGGCUCCCUGGGCAGGGCCGCCCUUGGCAGCCCCCAACCAACACGGACACAGAAUCAGACCCUGCCUCCGGGACAGAGCUCUUGACCCUUCCGGCGCACCCCACGUCCCAGAGCCCUGCGGAGGUGGACAUGGCCCAUGGCCCUGGGGGAUGCGCCCCUGGAGAGACGUCUGUACCCAGGACGUCCUCCCAGGCUACACGUACCCUGGCUGACGGCUCUGAAGCGGAGCCCCCCGGGACCACCUCAGGGCCAGGGGAGCCCAGGAGGCCUUCGGGCCUGGAGGGGCCACCCCCACCCAGGCGCAGGCCUGAGAAGAGGGCCCUGGACUUGCGCCUCCUCUCCCAGGAGGGCGAGGCAGCUGUGCGGGAGUGGCUGAGGGGGCAGCGGGGGGUACGUGUGCCCCCCCUGGGCAGCAGGCUGUCCUACCAGCCUCCCACGCUGUGCAGCCUGCGGACACUGUCCGGCCUCCUGCUCCGCAAGAAGGCCUUGGAGCACAGAGCCGCCUCCCUGGUGCCCAGCGGGGCAGCUGGAGCCCUGCAGGCCUCGCUGGGGCGCGUGCGCGAGCAGCUCCGGGACAGCCCGGCCUACCUGCUGCUGCGGGUGCGCUUCCUGGCGGCCUUCGCCCUCCCCGCACUCCUGGCCACCCUGUCCCCCCGCGGCGUGCCCACCACCCUGUCAGUAGCCAUGAGGUCCAGCCCCGAGAGCGACAGUGAUGACAGCAGCCCGGGUCAGCCAGAGCUUGUGGCCGGGCAGCCGGGGGACCCAGCCAGCGGUGCGCAGGCGGCCACCAUGCCUGCUCAGUUUCAGGGAUCGCCACACCCCGGACAGGCCUCUGCCCCCUCCUGCCCAGACAGUCCCGAUGAGCUUGACGUGCUCCAGACACGGCACGCCCGGCAUGCCCGGAAGCGGAGGAGGCUGGAGUGAGCGGCAGGGACUUCCCAGGGCCGGACAGCCACUGCUGCUGCCGACAGGAGGUGGGGCUCGUGCUGGACCCAGCAAGCCUGCCCACCCCGGGAGGCCGGCACCCAGCCCGCGGCAGAAGGGCUCUGCCGACAGCGGCCGCAUCGUGAUGGGCUCGGCUGGUCCCCGAGUGCAAACCACGAUAUCGGGAGGAAUGAAGAAAUGUCCUGUUUUUUAAUUAAAAGCAAGCCACGCGC